AUGGCUGGUUUCUUAUCCAAUGUAUAUGGAGAUAGUGGUGUUAACGAAAUCAGUUUCACCAACUUUGGCUCUAUCUGUGACAGUCUGACCGCCUUGACCAUCGCAGAGUUCCAGGGAACUUACCGUGACGUCACGUCUCUGGCGCACGCUCUUGGGUUUGCACUAGGCGCCAGUAACGACGACGCCAACUCCACCUACAUCAUGUCGCCCUACAGCUACCCCUCACUGACCAACCGUUGGAGCUACUCCAGCACUACCGCUGCCUACAUCAUCCUGUUCAUUAAUCAGCUCAGCCCCAACUGCCUGCUAACCACCGACAGCCAGUCCACCAGACUGAACGUCUCCUACGGUACCUACACAGGUGAUGAGCUUAUCCCUGACAUUGUCUGCCAGAGGGCACUGGGCACCACUCAGACGUCAUUCUGCCGGAUAUUAUUGUGA